AAUUCGUUUUUGUUCUGGAAAUUGUUUUGGAGAAUAUUCUAUAUUUUUUAAAGAUUUGUCUUGUACAAUUAGUUCGAAAGAUGUAACUAAAUAGGUCUUCAAAUUGGUAAAAGUUUGAAGUGUUUAUUGUAUAUCAGGUAUUUUUUCCUUGUUGUUCCUAUAAUUAUGGAGCUGGAAUCAUCAAUAGCGAAUCAGGCAGAGCAAACUGCGAAAUUACAGUUUGACGACUUUUGUCGGCUCUGUUUAAUGAGAAAAGCCGUGCUAUUGCCGCUGACGAGUGAGUUCAAUGGAAUCAUGAUACCCGAAAUGUUGUGGAAGGUUUCUGGGACAUUGAUUAAUGUUCUGGAGCCAUUACCGAGAGUCGUCUGCGAACGAUGCCUAAACAAACUGGAUUUGGCCUACAGUAUCGCUCAAGAGUUUCGUAAACAGGAGGAACGAUUGAGAAGUUUUUGUUGGAAAGGAUUGCUGUUGGAGGAAUUGGAACGUUUCCAGCAGUCGGAAGACGCCCUUCAAGAAAAAUACUCCGAAGAGGUCAUUCUCAAGUUGCUACCUGUGAUACAGGAGCAGAAGGAUGAUUUAAUCGAGGAGACGACGCCCAAAGUGAUAGAGAAAAUUUCUUCACCGCAGUUGGACGAUAUCAUCGAGACUGACAGUUCUCUCUCCGAAUCUUUGGAUAUGAUAGUGGAGGAAAUCAAUGAUGAGGAAGAAUUGGUCAAAGAUAAGAAUGAUACAUUGGAUGUAAUUGAGCAGCUGGAAUCGGCGAAAGAGACCCCUCAAACUUUACCUAACGACGUUUCGGAUGUUAAUUCCGGUUAUGAUCUGCUGUCCUUCACAAUUAAUAAAUUAGACCAAGAAGAAUGGAUAGAAUCUGAACACGAAUCAUCUUCAGUUUGCGAGAAAUACGUAGAAAACGAUUCGCAAGAGAUGGUUAAUUUCAUCUGCGAAGAUUCUGGUGACAGUCAGGACCCGACCCUGUUUGAACAGGCAAAUAAACGUCAACAGAAUAGGCAAGCUGUUCCAAAUGAGUGCGGUCUGUUCGUUUGUACUCAGUGUUCGAAAACAUUUAAGGUUCGGAAGACGUUUCAGAAUCACGUUAAACGACAUGACCAUGUGCUGAAGGGGUCCUUUAAAUGUUCAACUUGUCACAAGGCAUUUGGUACGAAGGAUCGUCUGACACGACACGCUGCAAUCCAUGAGCAAAAUUUAUGCUGCCAUUUAUGUGGGCAUGUGGGUCAAGAUGGACAUGAUAUGCGAGCGCAUCGUAUACUGCAUGAGAAGGGAAAGUAUCGCUGCGGAUGUUGUAAAUUUUAUUGCGAUACAUCCGAGCAACUUCAGAAGCAUGUCGAUGAGGGUACGUGUCUAGUAAAGUUUCGUAACAAGAAAAUCGGUCUGGUUAGCUAUCGGGAUAAAAAAGCUCCUAUUUUGAAAAGCAGUACGUGUCCAUUCGAUGGUUGCAACUACACAGCCGAAACUUACGGGGCCAUGUACGUGCACAAACGAGCCAAACAUCUGCAACAGUACAAAUGUGCAAGCUGUGGAAAGCGUUUUGCGUUCGCCAAUCAGCUGAGGGUGCACGAGAAACUGCACACCGGUGAGAAACCGUUCAAAUGCGAUGUCUGUCCCAAGCGUUUUCGGCGUAUGUUCAGCUACAAGGAACACAUGGCAAUUCAUCGGGGAGCCGAAGCGUACAGUUGUGAGCUGUGUGGGAAGUCCUUUACGAGGCCACGCUAUCUAACGGCGCACAUGUUGACGCACUCCGAGGACCGUUCCUAUGGGUGUUCGCUGUGCGGCAAUCGGUACAAAACAAACGGAGAACUGAACAAGCACGUCCGCACCAAACAUGAGUCGUUAGAGUAUGGAAACGGAAGUGAUCUGAUAGUGGAAGAUUAUGACUACUUUGAGGAAGACCUUUGCAUAUGAGAAAUGUUCAGUUUAGGUCUCGUGCAGAGGGUGUGUAAUACCAAAUGGUUCCUCUGUGAGAAAUAAUUAUAUUGAAAUAGUUUUAACAUAUAUAGCAUUAACCUGAUUACUUUUAAAGAUCUAUAUAUGCAUGACUGAAUGUUAUUCACUUUUUUUUUAACUCCUACAGCCGACAUCAAUCGGACGUAAACAACAAAAAAAAAA